AUGAAUGUGUCUUCCACCUCCGAUAUUGAAAUAACCUUCUGGUGCACUUGGGCCUUGACUGUCACUCAUGAGGCAUGUGAAUAUACCAAACAGAAAUUCAUUGCCAAGAAAACAGGAGGAGACCCAGUCAUACCUUCUCCUAAGCUAGACACCAAUCUGGUGAUGGCUUGCGAUCAAUUGGUGGAUUGCCUCAUAAAGGCAUAUAACAAUCCCAUUCGGAUGCAGAUUGAUAUUGCGAGAUACAGCAAAAUGAUCUCCCCGAAGGACACUGGACAUAAUGAAGAAAGAGAGGCGAAGUUGCUUGAGAGGUGUCCUCCUGGCCAUGAAGGUACAAAGUUGGUUGACAUACCCGCCACAGUUCUCGAUGCUACCGGCGCCAUCAUUGUGUGGUACCUCCUGGAUGCCCUGACGGAAACCACCCAGAAGGAAAUUCUGGCAGCCUCCGAUUUGCUCAGUCCAAGCCUUGCAAAAAGUGUAAAGGUUGAUGGGAGUUGGCGAACUAAUCAGUAUUGGUUCAAACCAAGCUCAGAAAAUGAUGGCAUAUCUCCUGGAUGCAUCAAUCUAUCUCCGGCUUGGUUUCAACAGGGGCACAAGAAUCUGUCAGACCCGGCGGUAUCUGCCUCAUUGAAGGGACCAUUCUCUGAGAAUAUUCUCAAAGCCAUUGCCAGGCCGGCAGCCAUCGCAUCAGCCGCACUCAGGGUGAUGCAUCCUGAGCAGUACUGGGCAGGGAUACGAGCCUUUUUAAGCCUCGGACAAUCAGCUAAAGCAAGAAUCUUCCAAGGAUGUCAGAGACCCUCCAGUACUGGGCAUCCGUGUUUAAUACCCUCACCGUCAUUUCCAAUUGGCAAACCCCCAAUCAUCGAGACCACAUAUCCAUUCCUGAAUGCUUUGAUAUUCUCACCACUUCUUCAGCUGGAGUUCAUGUACGAGCCUGGCUGUAUUAUCGCAUUUUCAGGAAGGAUUGUAAGACAUGGGGUUCAUGAAGUAGAAGGGGAUCGAAUUGCUUGGGCAUGCCAGAACUCGGUACUCCACUCCCGGAACUCGGCACUCCAUUCCUGGAACUCGGCAUUCGGCACUAAACACCCGGAUGUCGGUAAUUGGUAUACAGUGUUUGGUACUCGGCACCCUGAGCUCAGCAUUCGGUACUCAGUAUGUACUCGGCACUCGGUACCCGAUACCCGGAGGUCAAUACUCGGCAUUUGGUAUUCGGUGUUCAGUACUCGACACCUGGACCUUGAUACCUGGAACUCAAUACUCGUUACUCGGAAGUCAACACUUGAUCCCCGGAAGUCGAAACUCGAUACCCUGAGGUUGAUACUCGGCAUUCGGUAUUCAGUAUUUGGUAUUCGGCGUUCAGUACUUGAUACCCGGAACUCGGUACUCGAUACCCGGAGGUCAAUACUCAGCAUUCAGUAUUCGGUGUUCAGUACUCGACACCCAGACCUCGAUACACAGAACUCAAUACUCGAUACCCAGAACUCAAUGCUCGAUACUCAAUACUCAGUAUUUGGUAUUUGGUACUCCAUGGUAUUUGGUACUCCAUGCUCGGUACCUGGAACUUGA